UUUGUGUCGACAACGCCCAUAUGCAUCAUCCUUCUAGGUCUAUUUGGGCUGUGGGAGACUAUAAAUGUUACUUAUGAGCCAGCAACAAGCGGAAUGGACUAUGUAUAGAUUCUUUUUUCAUGUGGCUAUGUCUGUGGCUCCUGCUGGAUUUCGUACUAAUCACUUGGCGGCCGAACUCUGGAUAGCAACUUAGGUGGGUCUUUUCCUGGGACUUAUAUAUUAUAUAUAUGCGCGCGGUUCGCGAUUCGCGAUUCGCUCUAUCACCAUUAUGGCGAACAUUACCGCCCUCCCCAAUCCAUAUACUCCGUUGGCAUUCCUGCCUCCUACCCUGGCCAACCAGCUUGAAGUCUCCAGGUAUAUGUAUGCAGUGACUCUCGGGGCUUAUGCCUGGGAUCUCGCCACUAACAUAGGCAAUGACUAUAAAUUACUUUUCCACUACAAAGUGAAUUUUCCGACAGUGGUUUACUUUCUGUCGAGGAUAUUCACUCUCAGUUAUAUCCUGACCAGUUUCAUCUUUCAAGUCGGCAGCGUUCCAAAUUGCCAGGCUCUUCAGGUUGCUUUUGGAGUCUGCAUGGCACUUUCUCAGUCUACAACAGCCAUACUCUUUCUUUUGAGGGUGCUCGCCGUAUGGCAUGGGAACAAGCUCAUUCGUGGAGUGUUUAUUUUUUUGUGGUUCGCGGUCGCGGUCGCCUCUACCACUAUCGCGUUCGGCACCAAGGGCGCUCACAUUGGACCAACUCAGCAGUGCAUCAAUGUACAGGUGGCAGGCUACAUAGAGUCAACGCUGAUAAUGGCACUUAUCAACGAUAGCACUGUUCUAACGGCCAUCUCAUAUCGCAUCCUGAGGAAUUGUGUCCUUGAAGAUUCGUUUAAAGCUCGCGUGCGGACGUUUGUGGGCGGCGGCGGGUCCAUCCCGCAUCUUUCUAAGGCCUUGCUACGAGGUGGUCAGCAUUACUACUUGAUAGCUGUAUGUGGUAACAUCGUGAUCCUUGUCCUUUUGAAGGAUCCCAGUGUGCCAGCCGUGUACCAUGCCAUGUGUAGCGUUCCAAUCUUUGCUCUCAUCAAUGCUAUGGGGUGCAUCGUCUUCCGGAACAUCAAGUUCGGACACAUUUCUGCAGAUGGCGCUGCAUAUAUCCCUUCCACAGAUCAAUCACGCUCGUACCCUAACAGACCAACUGGCAACUCUCUACCCCUUCAUGUUCGCAGUGCAUACCAUCAGGAUGGAGACGUGUUCACCAGGAACAUCAAUGUCACGGAGGUCAAGGUUUCACAGGUCGUAGAAUUAGACCCAGAUUAUGAGCGAAAUCGUUUGUCGCUGUCAAAGGGACCUCAAUACGACGAGAGCACGUAGGCUUGUACCCCAGAAAUCCUUGCGUUUGCGUACAGGAUUACUGGGGGGCUAGGUGGACACAUGUAUGAUAUAUAGUAUAUUGUCCCCUGCUGGUCGAUCCAGUGCCAUAAAAAUAUAUUUAGUCAGGGUUUUCUAUGUCGG